GUGUGUGCGCGCGUGUGUACACGCGGCGGUGAUGUAUCUGCGGAGACAAGAGCAGAGCAGAGAGAAAGGGAGGAAGGAGCGGAGAGGGAAACGGGUGCAUGAACGUUAGAGAAAUGGCUUUUUGGGGUUAGAUCUUUCCUAUCAGCCCCAAAUCGAUUAGCUGAUUCUAUUUCGUUUCCCUCCUAGGUGGAGAAGUCGAUUGAUUAUCUAUCUAUAUAUGCAUACACAGAUCUUUAGCGAUCACAGCAAUCGAGCAGCAGCAGCAGGCAUAGCGGAUUGCAAGAUCCGCAGGCGGCGGUAACACGGGAGCCUCUGCGCGGCCGAAAGGGAGUCGAAAAGGGACCCAUUGCCGGAUCCAGCCGCAGGCUGCGGAGAGGGCGCCUUGCACGCCACCGCGGAGGCCGGCGAGACCAUGACGGCGGGAGCGCGGAGCAAGGCGCUGCCGCCUCGGGAUUAGGGCCCACGCGGACGCGACCGGUCGCUUUGCGCGAGCGGGGAAAGCAGAGCCUCUGCCGCCGGGAAGGCGCCCCGCCGGCCGGGCUGCUCGCCUGGGGCCCCUGCGAGGCUGGAGGAUGGGCUGGCGCCUGGGGCUCGGCGGCGCCGGCGCCCCGCUGCUGCUGCUGCUGCUCCUGGCCGGGCCGGGCAGCGGCGGCCGAAAGUACCCCAAGCGCAAGUGCCCGGGGGGCUGCACCUGCUUCAAGGACACGGCCAUCUGCGAGAGGGUCAAGGAGAUCCCACGAGACCUGCCCCAGAACCUCUUCUCCCUGUCUCUAAUUCGCUCAGGAUUCACCGAGAUCUUAGCUGGCAGCUUUCAACAGGUGCCAUCUCUCCAGCUGCUCUUGAUCACUUACAACUCCCUGGAACUGAUCGGGGACGACGCCUUUGUGGGACUCAUACACCUGGAGUACUUGUUCAUUGAGCAAAACAGGCUUGAAGCAAUCUCUAAGAAUGCCUUCCGAGGUCUCAAGAACCUCCUCUACCUGAAUUUGGCUAACAAUAACCUGCAGACCUUACCAAGGAACCUGUUCCAGGGCUUAGAUGCUUUGACUUCAGUGGACUUGCGGGGAAAUGCUUUCCACUGCGACUGCAAACUCAAAUGGCUGGUGGAGUGGCUGGGCGAGACCAAUGCCCAGGUGGAGCCCAUGGAGUGCCGGUCACCGCCGGAGCUGAACCGCACCAAAAUCAGCGACCUCCGCCCUGCAGGCUUCAACUGCAUCACUACAGACCUUGUUCUCUUUGACACGCUACCUGAGCAGUCGCUCUCAGUGGAAACCUUCAUGAACAACAAGGAACAGAACUUGGUCAUUGCCCAGCCCUUCACUGGCCGCUGCAGUUUCUUGGAGUGGGACCAUGUGGCCGGGAAAUUCCGCACCUAUGCCAGCAUUAACGCCUCUCUAACAUCACGCAAAGGAGCAGGUCACCAUUCGUUCUCUCCACACCGUCUCCACUUCCUAGGCUCAUCCACAGUGGUCUGCAAACCCCUGGUGAUCGACGGCCACCUCUUUGUGGUAGUGGCUCAGCUGUUCGGAGGCUCGCACAUCUACAAGCGGCAUGAAGCGGCGGCGGGGGGCUUCGUACACAUGCAGGCCAUCGACGGCUCCCGCAUCCGCAAGCCCAACGACAUUGAGGUCUUCCGCGUGGAGGGAGACUGGUAUUUCAUCAUGGCCGACAGCUCCAAGGCCGGCUCCACUACGCUGUAUCGCUGGAACGGGCAUGGCUUCUACUCGCAUCAGUCUCUGCACCCCUGGUAUCGCGACACAGAUGCCGAGUUCCUGGAGAUUGCUGGCAAACCCCACCUCAUCUUGGCCAGCAGCUCUCAGCGCCCUGUCGUCUACCAGUGGAAUAAGCAGCAGUUUGUCCGCCGCACGGACAUCCCUGACAUGGACGAUGUCUAUGCCGUCAAGCACUUCAAAGUCAAGGAGGAUGUCUACGUUUGCCUGACCCGAUUCCUUGGUGACUCCAAGGUGAUGCACUGGGAUGGCUCCAUGUUCCGAGAUGUCCAGCAGAUGCCUUCCCGCGGCUCCAUGGUCUUCCAGCCGCUGAGCAUUGCUGGUUACCGCUACGCCUUCCUAGGCAACGACUACUCCUUCAGCAAAGUGUACCUCUACGACCCCGUCACAGGGCUCUUCCAGCACUUUCAGGAGCUGAGCACCCAGGCCCCGCGCUCCUUCGCCCACCUCAGCAUCGACAACCAGGACUUCCUCAUCGCCUCCAGCUUCAAGGGCCAAACGCAUAUCUACCGGCAUGUCAUCAACGAUCAGAGUGCCUGAGCCUGGCGGUGGUGGGGUUGGGGGUGUCAAGGAUAAGAGGCAGCCACCAUGGGGAGAGGAAGGGCAGGAGAGGAGCCAGCCCCUGGAGGAAGUGCAGUGCCAGAGGCAACUACUAGGAAGGCAGGACGGGAAGCAAGACGCUGCUGAGAGUGCAAUUCUCCAGCGGCAGAGAAGGGUGGAGAGGACUGGGUAACAGCUAGCCAGUGGGUGGAAGGCAGGCAAACUGAACAGCCACAAUUCACUAGCACGUGAAAAUAAUGGCAACAGGAACAGUCCACAGAAUGCUUUAAACAAAAAACAACUGCUAGAACAAAGGAUGUUGGAGAUUGCAGGACCAAAAGCCCACAAUGCUUUGCAGUGGGGCUAAACUGAGCAUCUUCACAGAUGGGGGCGUGCAGAUUUGGAGAGGCAAACCUUGCUUAAAAUCAAUCCGAAUUUUGUUCCUGGUCAUUUCCCCCCCCCCCCGCUUAAAGCAUGGAUGCUCUCUAUUUAAAUACCGUUCCUCCUCACUAACGUGGAUGAAGGCUUGUGGUUUCCCUCCCGAAGUCAACUUUUAUUGUCUUUUUUAAAAAGGGUUCAGUGCAAACCCCUUGCUUAUUUUCUCUGCUCGCUUGUUGUUUUUACUACAAAUUAUUUCCCCUCCUUUUCAAAUGCAUGGUUGUUGUUUUCUAAAUAAAAUUUGUGCAAUCCAGCAAAAGGUAAGCUGCAACCCUAUACUCACUUAUCUGGGAGCAUGACCCGUGGAACUCAAUGGGACCUACACCUGGGUCUAGGAUUGCACUAUGUCAUUGAAAUCCGUGACAUUUAAUCGGAAGCGGCAAAGUCCCAUUCUAGGUUUCCAUUGAGACAAAAUUGCAGAAUUCCAUGUAUGGUUCUAUGGAAGCAAGUGUCAAUGGCAUUCAAUGAGACACCUGCAAUUAUUGACCGCUGGGUUGCAACAAAUGUGUUUUUAAUGGCCGUUUUCAGUCUUAUGGUUUUUUGAAUAUUUUUAGGCACUAUAGAGUGUCUGGUUCUUAAAGCACAACUAAAGCACAAGCUUAGCUUUCAAGCACAUGAGGUACCCCUGCUCCUUUUGAUGUGGGUCAGGGAAAGAAAACCAAGGGGGCACAGGGUAGGCUGGACUCACUGAUAGGAUGGCUGAGCAAAGGAGACUACAGAACUGAGAAAGGCUCCAGGGAGAUCUGCCAUGCAUCUUAAGUACAGCAUUUAUCCUUUUACCUGUAAAUAACCAGCAUGUUGUUCAAAUCCAUCGACCUUCUUCCAGUAGUGGGCAGCACUGGGCUGCAAGGAGUACAUGCUCUUACUGGAAUCAUGAGGAUAUUGAGCUGGCAUCACCUGGGCAGAGGCUGUUUCUCCGACAGAGGCAGACCGCCUUCUUCUUCUGUCUCCCAUUCAUGACGUGGGGGUCCCACAACAUGCGACCAAUGUAAAUAAUAAUAAAAAUAGUAUAUUGUU